GGUUUAAACGUUUAUAUUUGCGCUGCGUUAUGUUUCGACGGAAGCGCUCCUCGUACAUGCGCUAUUGGCAUUGUAGCAUGAUUGAUUUUUAUCCCAAUUUCACUCUGAAGUUCCCAGCUGUUUAGCUGCAAUAUCUGCAUUGCGCCUGCCUGAACUGAAUGCACUUGUAAAAAAGUUUUCCGGGAACCAGGCCCCUGGAUUUCAGUCAUCAUGUCGACCGCCGUAGAUGAAAGGGUUACAGAUGAAGUGGAAGCUUUGGAGGCUAUUUUAAUGGAUGAUGUGGUUAUAAAGAGGGUGGAUGACGUGCCACAUACGAUUGAAACAGUGGUUCAUCCGUCAACAGGAGAUGACACCGACCAGCAGUAUGUUUGUGUGACCCUGGAGGUCAAACUGACUCCAGAUUACCCUGACAGUAGCCCCGAGGUGACGCUGCGCAACCCUCGAGGCCUAGAUGAUGUUCUGCUGAAUACAAUUAAUUCACAAAUCAAAGAAAAGUUGGUUGACUGCCUGGGGCAGCCUGUAGUCUUUGAGCUUAUUGAGCUAAUCCGUGAAAACCUAACGGAGAGUAACCUCCCAAGUGGUCAGUGCGUGAUCUGCCUGUACGACUUCAUCGAAGGGGACGUGUUCAUCAAGACACAGUGCUACCACUACUUCCACAGCCACUGUCUGGCCAGCCACCUCAUCGCUGGCCGGAAAUAUUACCAGGAAGAGUUGGAGAAGCUGCCCAAUUGGCAGCAGAUGCAAACUCCACCUUAUCAGCAAACUUGCCCAGUUUGCCGCUGUGCGGUGUCCUGUGACGUGGAGACGUUGAAGAAAGCCCCGCCACCACUGGAAUCUAUCACUGCCCCGCCAUUCUGCCUCACUGCUGAAUUAAAGGCACUGCAAUUAAAGAUGGCGGCGUUACUGGCUGCUCAGACCGCCAAGGGAGGCGUCGUGGGCGACGGCCCGGACGGCCCGCCGCCGCUCACCAUCACCAGCCCCACCAACAGCGACAGCGAGGCCAGCAACGGUUCGGCGAGCGCCGCACCAGACACGAAACCCGCGUCGCCCGGUGCCGCACAUAAUGGUCACGGGAACGCCUCGCACUCCGAGCCGACCUGUCGCCCGCCAUACAGGGGCUUCAACCGGCGCGGCAAGCCGGGCCGGCGCGGGCGCGGCGCGCGGUGACCUCCGCCGCGCCGCCCCCCGCGCCGCACCACCCCGCCC